ACGGCCCGGGCACCGUCUGUGCUAACCAAUCAGAGCCCAGUUCUGUCACGCUCCCAGGUGUAGGCGCCGUCCCGCCCCCCCAGCCGAAGCGCGUUCUGAUUGGUGGGAAGGGGACCGUGGGCGGUGUACCGGAAAUAGAGACCGUAACCAUAGCAGCAGUCGAGCGGGUUGCUGGGGCUGCGUUCCUUCCGUUUCCGCCUCCCUCUCCGCGGGCCUGGCACAGAGACCGAGAGCAUGAGCAAGGUCCGAGAGAGCCCCGCGGCGGCAGCAGGAGCCGCCGCAAUCCUGCUUCGCUACCUCCGGGACCAGAAUCGGCCACACAGCGCCCAGGACGCCUUUGGGAACCUGCAGCGGGAGCACGGGCUGGGCAAGAUGGCUGUGGUGAAAGCACUGGAGCAACUGGCUCAACAAGGGAAGAUAAGAGAGAAGGCUUAUGGGAAACAGAAAAUAUACUUUCCAGACCAGGAUCAGUUUCCCACAAUGAGUGACUCUGAGCUUAAAGCCUUGGACAAUGAAAUCUCGGAGCUUUCUUCAAAAGUACAAACCCUUCAACAGAGCUGCCGCCAUAUGGAAUCAGAACUGAAGGAUCUGAAUGGCUCAAUGACAACCCCCAAGAUGAUUAAAGAGAUUGAAGAGUUAAAAAAAGAUUGUGCCAGUUACACAGAGAAACUGGAGCGAAUUAAAUCUGCAGCCAACCAUGUGACUCCUGAAGAGAAAGAAAAGGUUUACAAUGAGAAAAAGCUGUACUGUAAAGAAUGGAGACGGAGGAAGAGAAUGGCGACUGAGCUACUUGAUGCAAUUCUGGAGGGCUACCCCAAAAGCAAGAAACAGCUCUUUCGGAAGAAUCGUCAUUGUCAGCUCUGGGGGCACAUGGCAGCUCCCAGAGCCCAGGAAACAGAGACAAAAACGGAUACCUGCAGUUACUGAGGCAGUGUCUGGCCUGGGGAUCAUUUAGACACCUGUGCCUGAGAAGACCUCACAGGCACACCACUUAGCUACCGAUUGGAUGGACUAGCUCCAAACAGCUCUUUCAAAAGAAUGGGACCAAAACACAGUAAAGGGCAUCUCUGCUGACAACAGCCCACAGCAUGAAUGAGCGGCUGGGGAAAUUCAUUAUAGCAAAGGCCAAUAACAAAGAUACUGGGUGCCAACUGGGCCACCUGCUUCUCCCGCAGGCCCCUGGGGUUGGGCCCUGGCUUGUCUAGGCAGGAUUCUCACUAGAAGGGCUCUGCUGCAUUCCGGAUUUCAAGAGAGACUGGGUGUCUAAGCUGAGAUCCCUUCCGCAGAGGGGCCAACUUUUCAGCACUUCCUGGAAUCAAGCCCCUUUAAGGUGGCUCAGAGUAGGCAUCCACUCAGCACUCAAAAACCUCAGCCAAGAAGUUUCUUCAGCACUUCGGUCCAGCUCUCCUCUGUUCUACAUUACCAGGAGAGUCCCAUCAAACUGCCUUGCAGGAAGCCAGGACACCAUCCUCCCUACCCAAGGGCAGGGGAAGCUGGCAGAGGAAGCUCUUGCAAUCACAGUCUCUUACAGAAUAGCUACCUAAGGAGAAUGAGACUGAACAGGAAUAUGAGUGAGAGAGUGGAAAAAGCCCCUAUUAACUGAAGUGCUGGAGAAGCUGGUGGAACAUAGAGAAGGGACCAUACCUGUAUU